UGUUGAGCUCAUCCGCUAAUGGUCACCAAAGAACUGAUGGAAAGGGCUACGGUACUGAUGCUCACCUGUCACCAGCGCCUGUCCGGUGCUGCACGGCGGCUGAGAUCGGUGAUGACAGGCCGCAGUCUUGACUCACGGUUCUCAUCUGGACGAUUCGUUAUUCCGUUUGUAGCUGACGGAGUGAAGAGGUUAAGUACUGGAUGUAGAUUUAGGAAAGGUUUCUCGAGGUAUUCAAAGUGGAGAAUGGUCGAGGAAGAAGAAGAAGAAGUGGAAGAGGAGGAGGAGGAGGAGGAGGUGGGAGUGUGGAAGAGGACUAUUCUGAUGGGAGUGAAGUGUCAGCCCCUGGAAUUCUCAGGGGCCAUCUUAUACGACAGUAAAGGGCGGAGGGUUGAGGCGCUGCCGCGGACACCGCUACGCAGUCUGCUUGCGUCUGCAGAAGAAUAAGAGAGGGAUUUAGUAAAAACAUACUUGGCACUGUUCUUUCAGGAUGUUAAAAUUUUGAAGAUAUUAUAUAUGUAUUUUUUUACGGUGAUUUUA